AUGGCUUCUUCUAUAGAAGAAAGUAUAGAACAGACCUCAGAGUAUUCUACAGCUCUUGGUCAACUAGUUUCGGCGACAGUCCAAUUCGAACAAAUUUGUUCGAAUUCAAUUCAAUAUGCAGACGAACUUGUCCGCUAUUGUCCCACUCUUGUAAGAGUACUUCAAGAACGACUCUUCAACCAGUUGCUUCCUACCUUACGCAGCCCAAUUCAAAUUCAAUUUGCCCGUGCAGCCAUAAACUUCACUCCGUACUCGUACAGCUAUGACCAGGAUGAACUAGCUGACGAGUACGGAGCCGAAAAUGUCUCCUGGGUUUUUUGCACAACUCCUUGCGAAUUCCAAGUUGAAAUUGUCAACCAUUUCCUCGUUCGUACUAUUUCGUUACAGAAUGAAGACAACAAAAAAGAUGGAGUCAUUCCAGGUGACCGUGUAAGAGUCAUUUUCCAACGCAAAAGUGGACAAGAAAUUGUAUUCGAAGAAUUGGUUUGCAUAUUCUUUAGCAAUGGUCAAGACUAUAGAUCCGUAUUUUUCCCAAGUGAGCGGGGUAUCUCUAAUCCCAGCCCUAUCGUCCUCCCGGUGUCAGUUUUUAAUAUAAAAUCCAAAAUUUUUUUAAAAAUAAAAAUUUUGAGGAAUUUUUCUAGUUUUUUUUUCUUUGAUUUCAAUAAUUCAAAAUAA